AUGAAAAGGACCAAGUCCACGGAGCGCGCGGCUCGUAUCAGUGACCUUGAGUUGAGACACCAAGAGAAGGUCCAUCAGAUUGACUUAACAGGCCGUGAUGAGGAAGCUCGUCUCCUGAAGCUGCGACUCUUAACGCUUCGCGAUGAAAAUUCGUCCCUGAAGGAUCGGCUGGUCCAACGAGAUGCUCUCGUAAAGCAGAUGACGAAAAAGGGGAAAGAUGUGCAUGUUGAGCUUGUCGAAGCGAAGGAGAAGCUGAAAGCUCAAGAAAUGCAGCUCAGAAAACAAUGCAACGAGCUGGAAGGCCUCAAGACCGAAAUCAAUUCUUUGAAUGACUUCAGACAAGACUCAAACAAGGUCUUGCAGGAGAAACUCGCCCUCACUCAUAAACUUGACCAGAUCCAGCCCGAGCUUGAACAUCUCAAGACGCAACUCGAAAACCAUCGCGCCGUCGUCGCCCAGAAGCAGGAUCUCGAGCGUCAGCUUAGUUCCAUCGAGGUGGAACUCGAAAAUGAGAGGCGAUCAAAAAAACGCAUGCAAUCCAAGAAUCAUGACAAUGAUCAAGUGAAGGAACAAUUGGACGAAGCGAAGAGAGAACUGGAGAAGCUUAAGAAAGAACACACCAGAGAGCUACGGGAAGUCCGCGGUGAAUGUGACAUGCUCGAAGGCCGCGUGGAGGAUACAAGAAGCAAACUGAAGAAGACGCAGGGAGACCUCAAGGACACACGAGCUGAGCUCGCGUCUUGUCGAGCUGAACUGGAGGAAGCUCGUAAGGCUCUGGCGACUAGCAAGACAAGCAAGAAGAGUGUCACGAUGAAGGAACAUCCUAUUGGAAAGAAGAGAGCCCAGGACCUGAGCAUGGAAGACAUCAGCAUCGGAACCCCAGGCCCAGAUGAGGCAACCUUGAGACGGCCUUCCAAGAAACGAGGUGCUGAGCGCGCCUUAGUAGGAGAGAAGUCGACGUUCUCAAUCACGCCCUUUUUGAACCGUACCAAGAAUCUCUCGGAGAACAUGUCAGAUGAGCUAAGCGAACUUCACUCACCCACUGGGAAGUCUACAGGCGCCUCGGAACCUGUUGCCUUUCAAGAUGUUGCACCAGAACCUCGCGAUUCUAUGUCUAUGGAGCCCAUAGAGGAGGCUGCAGAGCCAGAUCAUCAAGCUGAGGAUGAUGCUGCACCCGAGGAAGAGGAGCAGCCAAAGGCACAGAAGACCCGGGGCAGACCAAGGAAAGCCCUGGACGAGGCACCAACAACGAAGAAGAACAUGCCGGUUCAGGCAAAGAGAAAGGCCAGGGUAGCCAAGACUUCUAGCAGAAUCGAGAUGAUAGCCGAAGUUGACGAGGCUGACGUACCGGAAACUGAACCUAUCGAGAAGCCCAAGAAGGUGCCGGGACUGCUGAAGUCGAACCCUGCUACGGCGUCGUUGAGAAAUGGAAACGAUGAUGCAGAUACACGCAAAAAGAAGCGAAAAAUGCUUGGUGGUGGCAACAAGACUCUGUUCGACGAUGAGGAGGCGGAACCAGCUCCCAGACCAGCAAAGAUUCAGAUGGGGGCCGGGCGUAGGCUCAAGGCACCGCUGGGAAAUGUUCGUGGUGCAUUCGGUGGAGCAACAUUCUCGCCGUUGAAGAAGGACAGGCGAGGAGUGGGAGCCAGUUUCUUACAUUAA